CAUUAACUCAAUUAGGCAGGAUUUUCUUUCCCAGUCUCUCACAAAAUUAGAAGAGGAAAUAUUUGACCUUUCACUUUUAGAAAAAAAAAAGAAAAAGAAUCUGAGAAAGAAAUAGUAAUUUUUGGAUUUAGAGGAGAAAAUAGAAGUAUUUUCUUUUUUGUUUUGUUUUGUUUCAAUUUAAUUUAAUUUAAGAAGAAGAUUAUUACUAUUAUUGUUAUAGCAAUGAAUUGAAGAGGCAGGUGGUGGUGGAGAGAUGAGCGUGAGCCAUGCAUCAAUACAUCCGGUGGAAGAUCCGACUACAACGGACGGCGGAAACAAUAACGCGCCGAGAGUGAGGAUGAAAGACAUACAAGGGAUGCCAGGCACCAAAGGCGGCCUUGCUUUGCGUCUCUCUCAGUUUAUAUUUGCUGCUACGGCUCUUUCUGUCAUGGCCUCCACCAGCGAUUUCCCUUCUGUUACUGCCUUUACCUACCUAGUUGUGGCCGCUAGCUUGCAGUGCCUGUGGAGCCUUUGCUUGGCUAUUGUUGAUAUUUAUGCCCUUUUGGUGAUGCGCUCAUUGCAGAAUUACAGGAUUGUCAUAGCUUUUGCUGUUGGUGAUGGGAUAGCUUCCACUCUCACAUUUGCUGCUGCCUGUGCUUCUGCUGGCAUCACAGUCCUUAUCAACAAUGAUCUUGACAGCUGUGCCAAUAACCAUUGUUUACAGUUCGAAACUGCUACAGCCAUGGCAUUCAUCAGCUGGUUCUCUGCAUUGCCAUCUUUUCUCCUGAACUUUUGGUCACUGGCAUCACGAUGAAGAACAAAAAAAUUGCUGAAUUAAAAAGAAAUUGACAACACUGGCCAUUUUGUGGUACCAACUGAAAUACAAGACAGUCUUGUUUAAUCUUUGUUGCAUGUGUGCAUUGAUAGAAGGAUGAGUUCAUUACUCUUGGCAUGCGAUUUUGUUGUAAAUCAGAAUGCAACGUAAAUAUUUGGGGUGCUUUGUAUUUGCUUGUUUAGGCACAAUGGAUUUGAUUGGAUAACUUUGGUGUGGACAUUCGCAAGGAGUAUGUGUAAUGACUUCUGAA